AAGAGGGUUUUGCUAUAUAAACAAUUUAUACCUAUGUAUUAGCCUGUACUAACACGAUGCUUCAUGUACCUGCCCAUGUGCUUUUCAACUGGGCGGUCGUCUCUUCCUCACUUCAACCUACUCAACAACCAUCCUCACGACUUAACACGAAGAAGAAAGUCGCAUCGCCUCGCUCGUCAUUGCCGGUUCUCUAAAAGAUCCCCAAAUCUUUAGAAAAUGGAAUAAAGAUAAGAUGCGGCAUCCGCACCCUUCAUGAUGGCACGUACACUCCCAUGGCAGCGCAUCAGAACCAGCCCACCGCUCGCGACCAUGUCGACGACUCCCGUCCGUCAUCAGCGAGAGGGACGCAGUGGGCCUGAUCCCAACGGCCUAGUAGCAUCAACCCCCGCACCGCGUAAGCAGACGCGCAGACUGGCCCCCGAGUCCUCAUUAGCGUCGUCGUCGCCGCCUCCGGAGCCGCUCGCCGAGAGUCCCAUGCUGGCCGGCCUCGAGCGCGACGACCGCUUCCGCAUGGUCGAGGACGAGCUGCUCGCCACGGCGCGGCUCUUCACGGCGCACCUGCACGCGGCGGAGUACGCGCGGCUCAAGGCCGCUGCGUCGGAGCGCCCCAUCCGCGGCAUCGCGCGGCCCGUCGUCGGCCGCGCGACGAACGCGGCGAAGUGGAAGCUCGGGCGGCGCGCGCGCCUCGAGCGAGAAGCACAGGUCGAGGACGGAAGGGAGGCUCGGCGAGGCGAUGCGCGGGGCUCGACCUCGCUGCUCGGGCUCAUGGAGGGCCCGCAGCCGCAGGGCGCGCGGCUGGGCGGCUUGGAUGCGGCGGCGAUGGCGCCGCGAGCGACGACGCGCGCGGCAGCCGGGUUUGAGGCGCCGUGGGCGGGAGACCGGAGCGCUGCUGUGCACGGGCAGCGGGACGGGCUUUUUGGGAGCAGCAAGGGCGUGCGCAAGCGGGCCUGGGACGAAGACGAGGAGACCGAGAGCGACGGCGGAGAUGACGAACUAGAUGCUACCGCUCCGAGCAGGCCAACUAGCAACGUGCUACCGGCAACGACUGCAUCUCAGCCACUGGCGCAAUCAAAGCCCGCUCCAGCCGUGGACGGGGAGAACAAGAAGUCGCGCGGCUUGGCGGUAGAUGCCCGCUCUACGACCAAGGUGACGGGGUCUAAGGCUACGGAGGAUGGGGCGGGGUCGUCGGGUGAUUCGGACGAUGAUCUCCUAAGCCGCGUCAAGCGGCGGCAGGAAGACCGGCAGCGCAUGCGGGAGCAGCGUAAGAGAUUAAUGGCUAGCAAGCCUCGGUCCGAACAGGCGGUGGAUGAUAUUAUCCCGGGUUUUUUAUGAUACACAUCAUACUCCACACCCCCAAACCCCCUUUUCCGCGCAUCACCUCUUUUUCCACUCUAUACACAGACAACGCUUAGGUACUAUAUAAAACACG